AUGAAGGAGAGCAACUACCGACAGGCCGAUCAUGCUGGUCGGCCGAGGGGCGAGUGGACACGCAACAAGGAAGAAGAGAAGUUCACUCCACUCAACGUUCCCAGGCGGCACAUACUGCAUGACGUUAACAGUGCGUCACUUUUCGAGUUCCUAGCGGCGACUGACCGCCAGUUGGGACCCUACAAAACUGACUGGUGUGAAUUCCAUCGUACCCAUGAACACACUACGGAGAAUUUCUUCGUUCUCGGUAGGCAGAUUGAGCGCCUUAUCAAGGAGGGUCAUUUGAAAAAAUUCAUUGCAGGGAAGCAGGAUGAGGGCUCGUCUGAUAGGCGACGCAGACGUGAAGGAGAAGACACGAGAAGAGGAAGGCGUGAAGGGAGGUCUUCCCCGAGAGAUCUUCCAGAAAAAAGUACAGAGACUCACCAGCAAGCUGUCCAUGGAGACUUCAACACCAUAGCGGGGGGAUUUGCUGGAGGAGGUCCGACAUCAGCAGCUCGAAAAAGAUACUCUCGGUCAGUGCUGUCGGACUCAGAUUGGGCGCGACCUACUCGGCCAACCAUCACAUUCUCGGACGCCGACUUUGAGGGUGUGUCUCCCCCUGAGGACGAUCCUAUAGUCGUUUCGGCGAUAGUCAUGGGUUACAAUGUGAAACGAGUGUUGGUGGAUCAAGGUAGCUCGACAGACAUCAUGUUCUGGGAAGCCUUCGUCGGGAUGAAAAUUCUGACCGAUCGCCUUAUGCCAUAUGUAGGUACAUUAGUUGGUUUUGCAGGUGAUCAGGUAACGGCCAGGGGGUACACCGACUUGGAGACAACCUUUGGCAAAGGAGACAACAUGAAGACUAUCACCGUCUGA